CCAUGGCUAAGCAAAUUUAUUAAUCAAAAUAUUGAAUUAAGAUUUUUACUUAUUUACAAAACUUUGUUGCUGAUAUGGCAUCACUAUUCGCUCUCAUUACGAAAUAAAGUUACAGUGUAUGGGGUCUUGGAAAUGUGUUGAAAAGGAGGAAGUAAGUUCAGUUUCACACCGUACCAUACCGCUCUGUAUUACACCCAGCAUGUAACGCUUGUUUUAACGUUACAACAGCAGCAUCGUGUAACGUUUUGUUCUCAACACCAGAGAAGGUAACUCCCGUGUGAGAUCUGUAAAUCUGGAAGCAUGCCGUGAUGAUGAUGAUGAUGGAAGUACCAGGACCCAGCCACCCUGUCGCGGGGGGGACCCCAGCCAAACGCUCCACUCCAGAUCCAGACAACUUCACUUCAACAGACUCUCCUGAUGGGCUGGGUGAGCUGCAACUCCACGCAUUGAGAUUAAUCGAAUCCUUGGAUGAAUUGAGACAGCGAAAAGAGCUUUGUGAUGUCAUCUUGUCCGUAGACGGACAGGAGAUGCCAGCCCAUAGGGUCGUGUUGGCAGCCGUUAGCCCGUACUUCAACGCCAUGUUUACUCAUAAAGUCAAAGAGUCCAGGGAAUACAUCGUCGAACUAAAGGACAUGGAAGCCAGUGCCAUUGAAGAGAUUGUAAAGUUUGCCUACAAGGGCCAUGUGCAAGUAACGCAAGAUAACGUGCAAGCCAUUCUGAAUGCAGCAAGUUUGUUACAGUUAAACAAGGUUCAGGACAUCUGUUGUGACUUUCUGAAGAAAGAGUUAGAUCCUUCAAACUGUAUCGGGAUCAGAAACUUUGCAGGCGCGAGAGGUUGUUUUGAUCUGAAGAACACAGCGGACAUGUACACACAGCAGCAUUUCGAACAGGUAUGUCAGCAUGAGGAGUUCUUGCAACUUCCAAAGGAACAGUUAAUCAACCUCAUUGAACGUGAUCAUCUCAAUGUUAAACAGGAAGAAUGUGUCUUUCUCGCUGUGAUGAGUUGGGUUCGUUAUGACCUGGCGACUCGUGCCGAUCAGUUGGCUUCGGUAUUGGAAUACGUUCGUCUCCCGCUUGUUUCGUGGGAGUUCCUCACCAAGAAAGUCGUGGCUGAGGAGCUAGUCUCGGGACGGGAAGACACGAGGAAGUAUGUAAAUGAAGCUCGACAGUACCACGCAAGGCACUACCAUGUGGACUUGAGGCUGUCCCAGGUGCUGAACCUACGCACCUGUCCUCGUUUGUCUUUUGGACAAGCUGAAUACAUCUUUGUUAUUGGAGGAGAGACUGUUGGGAGGGAGACAAUCCAGUCAGUGGAGAGGUACAGUCCACACCUGAACCUGUGGACGACAGUUUCUCACAUGUCCUCCCCACGGAGAGGGGCGGGGGCUGCCGUCAUGGACAAGCUGCUGUAUGUGGUGGGAGGGUCUGACGGGCUGUGGGCGCUCAACCAAGUGGAGGUGUUUGAUCCUCAGACAGAAGAGUUUGGCCCUGCGGCGGCCAUGUUGGAGCGGCGCAGCAGCGUGUCAGUCCUGACCUAUCACAGCCGGCUGUACGCCUGCGGGGGGUACGAUGGCAGGGCCAGUCUCAGGUCGUGUGAGAGGUACGACCCCAACUACAAUGAGUGGACCAAGAUUGCAGAAAUGACAAGUCGUCGCAGUAUGGCCGGGAUUGCUUCCCUGGGAGUGUACAUCUACAUAGCAGGGGGGUAUGAUGGCACAUCAGACCUCAAUACAGUGGAGAAGUAUAACACACAGCUGAAUGAGUGGAGCCCUGUAGCCUCCAUGAAGAGCAGGCGCUCCAUGACUGGUCUGGCAUCGCUCAAUGGGAAACUCUACGUGGUGGGAGGAUGUGACAGAAGUGCAUGUUUACCUGAUGUGGAGAUGUAUGACCAGUCCCAGGAUGUGUGGACCCCGGUGGCCAGCAUGUGUGUCCCCCGCAGCGGGGUGGGGGUGGCGGUGUUGGGACAGACGCUGUACGCUGUGGGAGGGUACGACGGGAACGACUACCACAACAGUGCGGAGGUGUACGACCAUGUCACGGACAAAUGGGAGAUCACUUCCCACAUGGCGAUAGGAAGGAGACGUUUCGGAUGCUGUUCUUGACAAAAAGAAUUUUACUUCUAAUUCAAGACACUACAAUACACACAGAUCAGGGUUGGCUAAGUCGACUAGCCCUAAUAUCCAGUGCAAGUGAAAGGGCUGAUUGGGCAAGUGCAUGUCCUAUCCCACUUGUCCGAUCAGGCUAGUGAGAUUUUUCCAUGAGAGAGAUUUUGAUACUUGUUACCUGUCACUGUCAUACUUAUUGUGCCAUCAAGCAUUCACAGGUCAACACAGAAAAAUAGAGCCAACAAAUUACAAGGAAUUCCAUAUGUAUUAGAUGGAAAUGAAAAUACUUAGAGACAAAUGUCAUGUAAAUGUCCGGACAAGUGAAAAGUUAGUUUGGGCAAGUAAAUUUUCUGUGGACUUGCCAGAUAGGACAAGUUAAUUUUAGAAAACUUGGUCCAACCCUACGGAUGAACAGGCGCCAGGCUAUUAAUUUUUUAUGACUUUCACCCAUAACACCUAGUAAGAUUUAAUUAUAUGACAAUGUCAUGUUGAAUGUGUAGUCUUAAGGCCCUUUUCACUAGACAGCGAUCGUGCUGCACUCUUACUGCGACCUAAAAUGGAUGUUUGUAACCUUUGAUUUCAUACUGGGUAUAUCAUGAUACCAAAAUAAAAGAUUUGUACUUUUUCUAUACAUCUUGUUGAGUGAUCUGAUCAAAUUGCAGUUGGCAGAGAGAGUGCGACAAGAGCGCCUUCCUAGUGGAAAGUGGUAAUAGGGAAUGAUUUACUUUUGCUGGACUUUAUUUAUUGUGCCUUCGAUUAUUUAUUGUGCCUUCGACAAUGGGAAUCUCUGUAACUACUGUAUCUGAUUCAUUUGUUCUUCAAAAAAUGGUCCUUGAUAUUAAUAGACCUGUAAUCUAUGAAACAAUUUUCUCUUGUGACAAUUCUAUAUGUCCUAUGUUUUCUCUCUACAGUCAUUUUCAAUCAUCAAUGUUUGGAAAUGUAUUUACCAAAUGCAGCCAUGCUGUGAAGAAAUUAAAGUUGAGUGUCCAAAGUGAAA